GUAAAACAGACAAAAGUGCAGAUGGCGUAUACAGUGAAAUAUAUAGAAAUCGAGUUUAGUAUCUUGCCAACCACGGUAGAGGGUUGAUCGUCGUGUUGUGCUCUACAUAAACACGACAAGAGCGUAUCGUUUGGUGCAAACGGAAUUUUUCCUAAAAAAGAAAAUCAUAAGUUUUACAAGAGAAAAACCAUAUAAGAAAAAGUGUAAAGCACAAUAAACGUACAAAUCAAAACAAACGUGAGAAAUCAGUGUUAGGUUCGCGUUUCUAAUCGGGCAUGGUGUAACGUUAAAAAAAAAAGUUUCAAUGUAAAAUGUCGUUGCACCCUGAGCUCGUUCGACGCAGUAAAAAGGAUUGUGUGACAAAUAGGUGAAGAUGGAAGAUGACGCGGAUCUUCGGGAACAAUUAUUCCACAACACCGUCAGGGAGAAUAUUAUUUUUCUCCUACUCUUUCUCCUCCUGUACAUCUCCAGCUACGCUUUGAUCGCACGGUUUCGACGAAGGGACCGAGAGGAUUACUUCUCCGUGGACGAGGAUGAAGCUACCGUCUACAGGAUUAGCUUGUGGCUCUGUACGGUCGCCCUGACCGUUUCCGUCGGGGCAACACUCCUGUUACCAGUGUCCAUCGCGAGCAAUGAGGUCCUCAUACUGUACCCCAAUAGCUACUACGUCAAGUGGCUCAACAGUUCUCUUAUACAGGGUCUCUGGAAUCAUGUGUUCCUCUUCUCGAAUUUAUCCCUCUUCGUGUUCCUGCCUUUUGCAUAUCUCUUCACGGAGAGCGAGGGAUUCGUUGGGCACAAAAAGGGUGUGAUGGCCAGGGUCUACGAGACCGUCACGGUUCUUUGUCUACUUGGGGCGUUGGUCUUGGGCAUGACUUACGUCCUAUCGUCACUAAUAGACUAUCACAAGUCAAGCCUCCACACGUUGCUCAAUUUAUGGAGUUAUUACCUGCCCUUUUUGUAUUCCUGCGUUUCCUUCGUCGGGGUCGUGAUGUUGUUAUUGUGCACCCCAGUGGGAUUUGUCCGGCUCUUUGGCGUUGUUGGCUCGUUCCUCGUUAAGCCGCAGUUUCUAAAGAAUUUGGAUGAAGAAUUUUUCGCAUAUAGACUAGAGGAGGAUUGCAUUAAGAGAAGACUGGAACACGCGAAGGCGACAGGCAAGUCGUACGUAUCGCCAGCUCCGAUGUCUCCACCAGCAUGCGGAGCUGUCGUGGAUGACGAAGAGGAAAUACCAAGACCGAAUCCGGGUCUGAUGUGCCUAAGGAAUGGCGCGUUACAGCGUGGCCUUGCCCUGAGAUUAGUAGAUGUCCAGCGACGACGGAAGCUCCUAGAUGAACAAAGGCGAACCUGGUGGGUACGCAGGACGCUGCUGUACCCUUUGGCGAUGCUGGCGCUACUCAUACUCUCAACGGCCACGGCCUUAUUGGCCGUCCAGAACACUUUGGAAUUACUGAUAGGAAUUAAGGCACUACCACUGAGCACCAGGCAAUUUACCCUGGGCAUCAGUUCCCUCUCUAAAUUAGGCCCAAUAGGUGCCACAGUAGAAGUGGCUGUUAUUCUCUAUUUGGCUGCUACCAGCGCCAUUGGACUAUAUACACUUCCUGGUGUCAGAAGAGUCAGGCCUCGACUUCAUUCCACUCCAUUAACUCAUCUCAUUGCAAAUUGUGCUCUUCUCCUUGUACUCAGCUCGGCUCUGCCAUUGCUGUCUCGCAUAUUAGGUAUGACAAACUUUGAUCUGCUAGGUGACUUUGGUCGCAUCGAAUGGCUCGGUAACUUCAAGCUGGUGCUAUUCUACAAUCUAAUAUUCGCAACGGCCGCUAUUGGCUGUCUGGCGACGAAAUUCACCGCGACAGUUCGCAAGGAGAUAUACGCAAGAUUGCGUAGCAGUCUUAUGAGUGUAUUUAUGAAAAAGGGGAACUCGGCUAUGUUCUCCACGAAGGAAGAUUAGACUGAUUUAUAUUAUAAGAUGAAAAAGACAUCGUUUAAUGGAGAUGCGGAAGCUCAGCGACAAGUUUAGCAUCUGUCGCUAUGACGAUAAUUACGGUAUCACGAGAAAUUAGGCUUAUUCUCGCGAUGGAUUAACGCAUUGGAAUUUUAAACGGUAUAGAUGGCUAUUAACUCUUUCGAAAUUUCUUUUCACAAUAUUGACCGUUCGUAAACGCGUAUUGCGACACGGCUCCUGGAAUCCCUGAUAAUUUUCUCCGUUUGCCAAAAAAUAAAAAGAUUUAUCAGGAGCAAAAGGGUAAAGAAUGAUAGGGAAAAGCCUUUUGGUGUUUUCAAUGAGAAACAUGCAAGUGUCACAAGGCCAGUUAAAUGAUGAAUAUGUCGAAGGAAACAUCGUUAUUGUCGUCGUUUAUUAUUAAGGAUUAUUUAUUAUCAUAUAACUACUAUUUUAAUAAGUAUUUAUAUCAAAAGUAUAAAGCAUUCGCCGUCUUUGGACGAUUCGCGAGGUACUGUUGUGAUAAGAAAACGCGAGCAUGCGUUGCGCGAAUGUGUGAAUCGCUUCUUUGAUAAUAUAUUUCGUGUCGUGUUACAAUCCACGCGACUUCAGUUUUUUGACUUCAGACUGCUUUUUUGGCAUCACGCUCCGCGCAUACCGACGUUAGAUAUGCAAUAGUCACACUAUGCUCACUUUUUCCUCGCAAGAUACAUCUUCGUUACGAGAUUUCAGCCUCUUCUCUUAUGUACCAAAUGAUUCCAUGGCAGCUGUUUACAGGGUGUCAAAUCUUAAAUGAUUCGUUACAGUAUCUUACGAACCAAGGAUUUAAGAGUUUUAAAAAUUUUCUAUAAAAGUGACAUGAUUUCGAGGGGCAAACAUGGGUACGAUAUGAGAGAAAAUGGAAUAUUUAGAAUGCUGAUGUUUCAGCAAGAAAUGCUUUUCUUUUUAGAAAACAGAAUCAUCUUUUUUUUGAAAUUCCUCUAAUCUUUGAGUUAGUCGAGCGAUGAUUUCCCUAAGUGUUAUAGGUUUUGCCACUUUUAUGGGAAACUAUUUUCGAUUAUACCCUUGGUUCCUAAAAUAUUCUAAUGAUUCAUUUAAAAUGAGACACCCUGAUUAUAGGUUGCACUUCACUCUGCUCAUGUAUUUCCCAUUGUGUUUAAUGGGUAAUAAUAUGUAAAUGAUCUUAGAGCAACACAUUAGAAACGUAAUAUGCGUGCGAUCCUGGUUGUCUCGCAGACGUUAUCAAUGAUUGACACACUAGUCUUUAGAGCUGGAGAAGAAUUUAAUUGCAAGUUCUAAAAACGUGUAGCCUGCGUGAGUCGGCUAUAUGAGAUAUUAAGAAUUAUAAUUUCUGUUUUUACCAAAACAUACGCGUCUUUAAUGAUUCACUGUUAGGCAACCGAAUAGAUCCUGUUAUUUGAUAACUUCUCUGCGAAUUUGUAUAACCUGUUGAAGUUAGCAGUGAGAAUGGAUUGUCGUAUCAUAGAAAAUUUAAAGGUUUAACGUUUUUCUCAUAAGAAAUUGACGCAGUGAAUAAGCAACGUGCAUUUUUAAUGCAUAUCGACUGUAUGUAUAGGAAAUACUAGGGAGGUAAUCGCGAACCGGAUGAUCUUCCGGACAUUUAGACUGGAGUAUUAUGUUUAUAAUAUAAUUGUACGAUUUGCGAUUCAUCUGGAACUUAAUCAUGUAAUUAGAGUUUAGCUGCGUAAGUUUUUUCUAGAUAUUUUGCAACGUUGUUAUUGUGAUACGUAUCUCGUCAUGAAGACAAUACUAGCAUCGUGCACUGGCACUAAAUAUAUAUACUCAUGAAUUAUAUUGUUAUGCGUUGAACAAUGCCGAUAAUACCUUAAGGUUGCGGACGCUGUUACUUUAAAGUUUUAUGCGGCUCAUACCUUUGUAGGUUAUUAAGGGUCCUUCGAUGUUCGUCUUGAUAUAACAUGAUGAACAUCAUGAAUUGUUAUCGAACGAUUUCGCGGCGCGAAAACGUUUACGCGUCGAUUAAGUCGUGGCGUGCGAUAAAGACGCUUCAUGUGGUACUGCCACACGUUUUUUUUUCUUUCUCUUUGUUAUUUUAUUCUUUGUUUCUACUUUUUUUUUUAUUUUUUGAUAGAUCCUUUCUCGAAAUGAGAAGGCUCUGGGAUGAAGUAUUGUACCUCAUAAUAAGUUGGGAAUGCUUUUAAAAAAAGCGAUGGACCACACGCAUUUCCUUAUCUCACGUCACGCGAAUAUGGCUAUUUUCGCCUAUAUAUAAUAUCUAUAUAUACGCACGUAAAUAUGUCCAAUGAAAAUAAAUAGCCACCAGCCAUAUCGUUAGUA